CCGCAGAACUGUUAGUGGCAAAAGGUUUAUCAGAAGGCCACCGAAAAUGCAGGUCAACACGAAGAAGCACCUCGAGGCUUGUGAGCAGAAAGAAAAGAAUCUGAGUACAGCCACCGUGGAGGAAGCCCUCACAGCAACAGGUUUCGGCAAAUACAACUUCGGGCUGCUGUUAGUAUGCAGCUGGACUCUCCAAGCCAUGGGUAUGGACUUAUUCGGCACCAGCUUCGUAGUAGCCGCUGCAGUGUGUGACUUGGAGCUGAAUUUGCAAGAAAGAGCUUUUCUGACUGCAACACCGUUGAUAGGUGUUGUUCUUGGCGCUCAGCUGUGGGGCUACGUGUCAGACACGAAGGGCAGACGCCUCACUCUGGUCCUCUCCAUGUCUAUGGGCUUCGUGUUCGCAGCCCUCAGCAGCUUCUCACCUGACUGGAAGACAAUGGCUGCACUCAAACUUAUGUCUUCAACCUUUACCUCUGCAAGUAACUCCGGCGCGUACACGUUGCUGGGAGAGAGUUGUCCUCAACGGUCUCGAGGGAGGUCCAUGCUGCUCUGUACAUGUGCCUUGAUGUGCUCACAAGCUGUUGUAGCUAUGUUCGCGUUUCCCAUACUACCUCUCCAGUUCUCCUACUGGAUUGACUUCCUGGGUAUAUACUACAGACCCUGGCGUCUACUGGCUUUCGUCAUGUCGCUGCCUUGCGCUGCAACCGCUUGCCUUCUCCAGCUUUUCCAUGAAAGUCCGAAAUUCCUGGCUUCCAGAGGACAGCAAGACAAAGCAUUAGAAGUGUUGAAGAAGAUUUAUGCUAGUAAUACUGGACACAAACCUGAUAGCUUCCCUGUGACGAAAUUGUCUGAUGAACAAGAAACCUCUCAAGAGAAAACGGACUCAUUCUUCAAAGCUCUCUGGCAACAAACAACCGCUCUUUUCCGUCCACCAUUACUGCGCACUACACUGAAGCUAUUCUUUCUGGUUACCAUUAUUUAUAUGACAGGAAGUGGAUUCAUCCUCUGGCUGCCGUAUAUUAUGAACAACCUGUUCUCAGUAUUGGAAUCCGGAGGGGGUCAGGGUAUGACCCUGUGUGCUGUUAUCCGGUCUUCAACAGACAGCUUGACAGUUCCCGGCAACAGUACGCUUAUUCAAGAAGUAUGUAACGACACAAUACAACCAACAACUCUCAUCUCCGCAAUGUCGUACGGAGCUCUCGCGAGUUCUGUUAACCUGGUACUAUCCCUCACCUGCGGCUGCAGGAAACGUCUGGCAAUGAUGUGCAUUAUCAGUCUAUCAGCAGCGGCGGCUGUUCUGCUGAACUUGGUGCCAAGCCCUAUUGGAGGCGGUGUCUUCUUCUUCCUGUUCCUUCUGUGUGCACUAUCCAUGGGAAUACUUAGCGUAUAUUUUGUAGAACUCUAUCCUACAUCUCUGAGAGGAAUGGCGUCAUGUCUGUCAGUAAUGCUGGGUAGAUCAAGUGCAUUCUUGGGAGUCAAUGCUAUAGGGAGUCUCAUCACCAUGAACUGUGAAGCCACAUUCUACGGAUGGUCAAUAUUAUUGAUAAGUGCAAUAAUAGUAUCAUGGUUCUUGCCAAGUGACAAGAAACCUAAUCCAUAAUUGAAGAGAAAAGAAUCACAAUUUGGAACUAAAGUCUGAACAGAAGACGACGAGUCUUCUCAUCUCACUCGUGGAUUCCACAAAAGCUUAAAGCACUGAUAAGUUAAGAUGUAAAUAUAGUGGUAAUAAUUAAGUAAAAAGUACUGACUUGUCGAGUUUAUUAUGUAAUGUAUAUAUUAUAUAAUAAUACAAGUGAGCUAACUUGCUACACGAGAGUGUGGGUUGCAGUAAAUCACCCGAGUGUCGAGUGAGCAAGUUGCUCACGAAUUUCAUACGCACUUUUUCAACACACUUGCGAGGACGAAAACAAACAUAUAUUGCAACGCGCAAGUUUUUUUUACACGCGCCAAAUGUAAGGAGACAUAUACAGCCUACUGCGAAAUUAUAUUUUUUGUAAUAUUUUAUAACAAAUUAUUGUGAUCUAUGAAUAAUUCGUUCGUCUUACUAGGGACAGAUUUUGUUUAUUUCAAAAAUAUAAAUGGAUUUUCAGCGGCAUAAGACCUCUUUGUUGUUUCAAAAGAAAACUGUAUUAACCGGUUAAAUUAAGAAUGCUCUUUUUACACUCAUAUAAUUUGCAGUUACUUAAAUUUAUCUAUUAGGGCGUAGUGUGUAGUAUUAUUAUGCACGUGUGUGUUAUAGUUAGGUUUAUGGUCGUAAGAAUGUUGUAAUAAGGCUCACUUUAAGAGCAAGUGUGUUGAAAGAAAUAUUAGGUAUCUAAUAGUUAAGUAGAGGCAUAAUAUUAUGAAGAUAAUUUUUAAGCGAGAUUUACACUAUCAGAUGACUACUCGUUCACCAUUCUGCAGCACUUGAUCCGAAUGCACUCGGACGCGGUUCAAUCGUACGCGUUCAUUCAGAUAAUUUUUAUAAAAUCAAAAUGGCGUCAUAAAAUCUAUACAAUACAUUAUUAUUAGUUGGUGAAGCUAAACGAAUAUUAUGAACAGAAUUCACAUGAUUUUUGGAUGUUUGUUUUAAAAAUUCUGUCACUAAUACACAGUUAAAUAGCCAGUGAGUAAAAGGGACUGAAUUUUUUUUUUCAUUAAAAAAAAAUUGGGAUUCUGCCUGAGGUCCGUAUUCCACAAAAAGUAUCUGAAGAUAAAAUACACUGGAUUCAAGUAUUACGUAUUAAGACACCUUGUAAAAUACUGAUCAAAAUUUGCGAAAAAUACUACGGUUUCAAUGUUUUCUAUAGAGUAUUAUAGUAGGUCAUAGUAAUUGGGGCGUCAUAAAUAUUAUAUUGAUACCUUAGAUUAUUUAUACGUCUAGAUAGAGUCGCUUGCUGCUAAACGACCGAAAAACACAGGCCAGGAAUAUUAGUUUAAUGUGCGUGACAAGCUACGUCGUACACUCGCGAUUUGUAUGACACUUUGUGUGCGUGAAUUGCUCAAAACAGAGGCUAACAACUGUUGGCCUCUAUUUUUUCGAUACAUUCACAGUUUUGGGUCUAUCUAGAUGUAUAAAUUAUGUAAGCCUUUAGUAUGCUCUGUUUAUAAAAUUAAACUGAAUAGAUUAUUAAUAAAUGAAUGCAACACAGAUUGCACUGUUUCUUUUUUUUAUAGAUAAUCUGUUAAUUAUCUUUAAUAUAUGUAAAUCCUGGUUCUGAUGUUCGUUUCCAGUGAACUCCUAAACUAAUCAACGGAUUUUGAUGGGGAUUCCUUCAUGGAGUGCAGUUUAGUCCAACUUGAGAGAUAGGAUAGCUUUCAUUUCGAUUUGGGUCCCAUUAUUAUUUUUAUUUCCAAUAUUUGGACAUAUUUUGUAUGAGAGAAUUUAUUGACGCACGGUUUGACAGUUCUGCUGUGAAAUAAUUUCAUUAUAACAACAGGAAGCUUAUUUUACGAAAUAAUUCUUGAUGUUAUGAAAUAUUAUAGAUAAAUUCAUAAAAAAAAAUUGUAUUUUAUUUAUUAUGUACACAACAAUAUCUGCGGGUCAGCUAGCUUAUAAUAAACUAAUUAAAUAAAA